AGAAGCCAGACGAUGGCAACCUGUCAUUCACGCACAAGACUUGAAUGAUUCGUAAUAGAAGGUCGUAUAUUUAACUAGCACUUUCUCAUGAAAUCAUUAUUGUCCUACUAGAAUGAAUUAGGUUAAGGAUAUGAGAAUACUGACAGGUCCACAUACAAUCAAACAGGGGUGAUAUUUUGGCUUUUCUGGCUGGCUAUAUAUACGACGAGUUACAGAGUGGAUACGAAUGAAUCUCAGGGCAUUCCUUCGUUUUAGAUUUUCGCCGGCAUAGGAUUUAAUAUGAAUUCUCUUCCCUUUACAUCUUUAUCUACGAUAUGUAUGUCAUAUAAUCUAGAGCAGCUUCGCGAUGUUGACUUCUCUAGCGAUCCCGACGUCCUGCGUCACUGACAUAUGGGUAACUUCAUCCGGGACUAAUACGGGGGUUUUUCUCGGCAACCCGUUUGAUUCGAGCUGCUGGCCCGGUAGUAGGGACUUAUCGACGACGAUCUCGCCUGCAUUCUGUCCGGUCGGAUAUACCAGCGCAUGCAAUGCUUCUCCAUCAAAUGAUGACAGCGAGACGGUAUGGGCGUGCUGUCCAACAGGAUUUUCCUGUGACCCCGGCUUCUACUCUUGCAUUUCGGGUGGUCAGACAAGCAAGACUUACAUUGUGACCGAUACCGAUCGCGCCGGAAACACACUCACAUCGCAGCUUGUGACGAACGGUGGCGUGAAUGCGCAUUCCAUCAGAGUCGCAUUUCACUCCUCCGACAUCUUCGCCACAGCUACUCCCACACCCUCUUCCGUCUCGUCGCCAAUUCCUGUGUCAACUUCGCCCAGUGAUUCCAACGGCUCAGAUUCCGACGACCCAGAUUCCGACGGAUUAUCGGCGGGAGCUAAGAUCGGCAUAGGAAUUGGUGUCGGUCUUGGUGGUAUGAUAUUGUUCUUAGUACUUGGCUGGCUGGCAUGGCGAAGAUACAGAAACAAACGACUAGUUAGCGAACAGGAAGGCUCUGCUUACCAACCGUAUAUAGCGCCUGGACAGCACCAGACUCGUCCGGGAACCGUAGCGACAAAAAUGAGCAUGAUGGACAACACUUCCGGUGUACACGAACUAGGCACGAAAACGUAUAUUGAACUUCCCGCGGAGGUACCGGCCGGCAGUCCAGAUAGGAGAGAUGGAUGAUACUCUAGGACCUUUCUUUUUUUCGUUUAAUCUUGUGCAUAGCGAUUGAAACCUCACAUCAGUCGAUGAUUUUCUAUGGUCAAACGGGUUAUUGUACAAGGGUAGAUACUGGCUUAAAAUGUACAUUUCAAACAGCUCAGGUUAUAAUGGCCAAAGACCCUAACAGUUCAGCAGGUCCGUUAAUAAAUAUAAACUUCUCAUUAAG